UUCUUGGGGGGCCCCGCCAUUCCGCGAGCAGGUCGCGGCUGAGUUCUCGCUCGGCGGCCGCACGCCGGGCCGCGUUCCCCCCUUCCCCCCGCAGGUGCCGGCCUCGCCAUGCAGAUCUUCGUGAAGACCCUCACGGGGAAAACCAUCACCCUCGAGGUUGAGCCUUCUGAUACUAUAGAAAAUGUGAAAGCUAAGAUCCAGGACAAGGAAGGCAUUCCUCCUGAUCAGCAGCGACUGAUUUUUGCUGGUAAGCAGCUAGAAGAUGGACGCACGCUGUCUGACUACAACAUUCAAAAAGAAUCAACUCUUCACCUUGUGCUGAGACUUCGUGGCGGUGCCAAGAAAAGAAAGAAGAAGUCUUACACUACUCCCAAGAAGAACAAGCAUAAGAGAAAGAAGGUUAAGCUUGCAGUGCUGAAGUACUACAAGGUGGAUGAGAACGGCAAGAUCAGUCGUCUGCGCCGGGAGUGCCCCUCUGAGGAGUGUGGAGCUGGCGUCUUCAUGGCUAGUCACUUCGACAGACACUAUUGUGGCAAGUGCUGUCUGACAUACUGCUUCAAUAAACCAGAAGACAAGUAAAUGUACUAGGCAAUAAAAAUCUGAAGUUCUGUA